AUGGAUCCCUCCGUCUUCGACGAAGCUUUUCCUCCUCUAACACGCCCUCUCCUUCCUUCCACUGUUGCGGGAAACAAGUCUUCUCGCUCGUGGGAUCGCAUCCUCUCUGGACCAACUUCUAAUGCAUGUGAGUUUCUUAUAUCCCCCUUGCCAACUGAAGAAGAAAUCAUCAAUUUUUCCACUGAAGACAUUGCUGAAGCUGUUAAUGAAUGGGAUCUGGCGCUUGUUGGCUACUCUCUCGGUAAGAGACCUUACUAUGAGGCGCUUCUUAACUCGGUUAAAAAGCUAUGGAAUCUUAAAGGUAGUCUGAAACUUAUCUCUCUUAGUGAUGGGUUUUUUCUGUUCAAAUUUUCUAACGCGGAAGACUACGAACUUGUUUGGAGUAGAGGUGCUUGGUUUAUUUUUGGAAAACCUUUUGUUUUUCAAAAAAGGAACUCUCACUUUUCCUCAACUCGUGAAGAACUUACAUCUGUCCCGAUCUGGUUUAAGAUCCAUAAUCUACCUUUAUGUUGUUGGACUCCUAUUGGAAUAUCAAAAAUUGCCACCAAAGUAGGUCAUCCGCUUGCGGUUGACGCUCUUACUGCUUCUAAGUCCAGACUUACCUAUGCUAGGGUUUGUGUUCAAGUUGAUGACAAAGCGAAUUUUCCUGAAACUAUACCUAUAUGUGUUGAAGGCAAACUUUUUAACUUAAAAAAUCAAUAUGAAUGGCGUCCUACCUUAUGCGAAUUUUGCGGCUCACUUAAUCAUUCUUCUUCUAAAUGUUCUGCUAAUCCUAACCCUGGAAUUAACCACAUUCCUAACCCUCCUAGAGGGAGAAGCACUAGCCGCAGACCUAGACCUCACUCCUUAAACUCGAAAGGUCUUCUUCCUACUCCUAAUCCCUCUAACAAGAAUUCUGUUAUUGCUGGUGAAUCUGAUAAAAAUCUUGAAGAUAUUCCAGUGAAUAAAGUUCAUGAUUUGAUUCCUUCUUCGGCUAAUGCUCUUACUGAGGCGACUAAUCAAAACAUUUUACCAUUAGUCCAGCUAUCCAAACUAAUGCGGUGGAUAUUCCAACAAAAGAGGAGGCUGUUCUUAACUCUGAGAUAA